UAUUUUCUGACUUCACGGACAGCCAGAAUUCCGAUUUUAUGGUCAGCCUGUCGGUCUCAGGGGCUGGGUUUCCCUUUUAUCCAAGAAAGGGAGGAAAAAAAACAAGCACUGACAAACAUGACGAGACAAAGAUUAUGAUUUAAGUCGUACACAUAAUUAAUGAUUUAGACACUUUCAGGACUUGCCAUGGCGAUAAGGGAGCUCAAAGUUUGUCUUUUAGGGGACACUGGAGUUGGUAAAUCCAGCAUUGUUUGCAGAUUUGUCCAAGAUCAUUUUGAUCACAACAUAAGCCCGACCAUAGGAGCAUCAUUCCUGACUAAGACGGUACCGUGUGGAAAUGAGCUACAUAAAUUUCUAAUCUGGGACACGGCCGGACAGGAACGGUUUCACUCAUUAGCUCCUAUGUACUACAGAGGAUCAGCUGCUGCUGUCAUCGUCUAUGACAUAACCAAACUGGACUCUUUCCAGACACUGAAGAAGUGGGUUAAGGAGCUGAAGGAGCACGGCCCAGAGGACAUCGUUGUAGCUAUCGCAGGGAACAAGAAUGAUUUAGGAGACAUCAGGGAAGUUCCUAUGAAGGAAGCAAAGGAGUUUGCAGAAUCAAUCGCAGCUAUUUUUAUUGAGACCAGCGCCAGAAAUGCCGUCAACGUCGAGGAGCUGUUCCAGAGAAUCAGUAAACAGAUUCCGCCUCUGGAAAAUCCUGAUGUGGAAAGCAAUGAUUCCUUUAAAAUCACCCGGCAGCCUGCCUCCACGGCCAGGAGGUGCUGUUAGUACCAGAAGUUAUGGAUAGUCAACUUACAUCAUCACGCAGGCGGAGCACAUAGUCCACGAUGCACACAGAGUCUUCAGAGUGACAACACGUGGAUGGUCUGAGGUCAAAAACAGGAUGAAACAACCUCUGCUCCAGCGCCAUGGAGGUCAAAGCAACAGUUCCUGCAAGCACGUUUCCCUGUGACUUAAAACCUUCAGUCUGUCUCCCUCCAGUGGCGCUCUGACUGAAUUACAUGCAGUUGUCCAUCUGAGAACAUCUCCAAAAUAUAAAACAUGCAGCUUUGUUCCAUUUGUGAAACAAAGGGCAAAUUAUUAGCGUGAACACUGCAUUUUUAGUGGUUUGGAUUAAUAAAUCAGGUUUGGAGGUUUGUGCAAUUCCAUUUAGGCCUCUGGAGUCACCAGCUAUUCAGAGAUGAGCUCUGUCAUUUAAAGUCAUAGUUCAGUACUAAUAUUCAACAUUUCCACGAUCCUUGGAUCGUCGGCGCAGAAUGUUUUAAAGUAAGAUGUAAAAACCUUAGGUGUGCGUUUCACGUGCACUCGUUUAUUUCCGUUGUUUAGCUGCGGAACAAACUGUUAAAACGCUGAAAUCUUAAUCACAUCAUGACAUCUAACUGCUGCAACGGCGUGACCAGUGUUAGUUGUUUACAUAAUGGUUUGAUAAACAUGUUUUCUGUUUGUUUGAGAAUUGGCUACAGCAAACAGCAGCUAAACUUGGAGUUUGCUUGUAUUUACUGUUUAAAGAGCAGACAGUAAUUUACAGCAAAUAAGUCCAGUUCGAUGAGAUAGUUUUUGUACUACCUGAACUCUGUGUUAAUAGGACCCUAAACUUUGGAUCAUGUAUACAAACAAAAAAUAUGUACUUUAAAAAAAAUGUUAAACACUUUUUUUCUAUCUGAAUGUGCUGCAAAGUCAAACAACUUAUUUUUUUUAUCAAUUUGUGGGAUGUAAUAAUGAAAUCUCUUAUUUAUAGUAAAAUACUUUAUAAACGCCCAUCUAUGCUGAUGUUAGUGUGGACAGUUUACACCAAAAUCCAUUCAUUAAUUAGCCAAACUGUGUUUCUUCACUUGGAAAACGUUCAACACAAACCUCUGGAAGCGAGAUUGGCAGUGACCUUUCGCUCGUGGUUUUCUAGACUCAUCAGAUUUUAUUCUGAGUAAAUGUCAGACUUGUGACUACGGUGUUUCCCCGAUGUCUAACAGUUAUUCCCCUAAAGCGAUACGUGAAAGUCACCUAAAAGCUGAAUGUUACACUUAUGGACAUGCUCCUUUGUUAAAAUGCUGUUUAGAUUCACACAUGUGUCUUUUUUAUUGUUUCUUAAAAAUGUAUGACAUGGCUAAAAGUGAAUAUCAGCUUUUGGUGCAGUCUGACGGUACCCAUAUCUUUAAAAGUGCCUAUAGUUUCCAUUUAACCUCAUUUGUAUGCAAGUAUUUGUUCUCAUGUAUUCUGUGUAGAAGUCACUGACAUUGUAAUAAAAUUAUAAUCGUACUCUU